GCGACAGAGUAGGUAUUAACAUUUUAUUUAGAAUAAAGCUGAAGUUGAAAAAGGAGCUAAGAAAAAGGGAGGAACCGUAGGUGCGACAAAAACGUAAAGUGAUCGCAUUAUCUUUGGGAGCAACUACGAAACAAAAGCAAGUAUGAAGCCGCUUCAGAAAAGACGUGUACAAGCACAACGAAAAUUUGCACAAGGCGCAUAUAUAUUUAUGAACAAUAAUAUCCCGCCAAAAACUGACGUUAGCCCUGCAGCUGUGAAAGACGGUCCAUCGAAGGAGGAUCGCAAUGUUAUCCACAACCGACUGUCGGCUAAAAAUCUUCUAGACGUCGUGUCAUUCCAAAACUUACACGCACACUUCCCUGUGGUGUUAGUUGAACGUUUGAGUCCAAAUUUCGAGGCUGGACGGGAGACUGGCAGUAAAGGCAUGUCAGUGGGUAGUGGGGUUCACAGAACCUCAGGAGGCCGCGACCUCGCCAUAGGCAGUGAUGCGUCUUCAGGGCGAGAAGGGAAAAGAAGCACUUCACCGAACACCGUGUCAUCCACCUCGCAUCAUAUUAGACACGACAACGACUCUCGCGCACUAACUUCUAGAUUGGAACCCAAUCAUAUUAAAAACAAUGAUACGCGCUCAAUAGUAUCCAGGUCAACACUCGUAUUAGACGCCCUCGGCGCCGCAACGCAGGAUCAGAAUAUAUCCAAAACAGAACGCUUUAUUGCUGAUUGCGAACUAGGUCGUACCAAGCGGGUCCCCAGAGUCGAACUGUCUGAACUAGAUUGGGUGGUAGAAGCUCCAUCACGAUGGAUAAUUCCGGACACUUCUGAAAAGAGGAAUGCGUCCGAACGAUCAAGUACCGGACAAUCUGUUACGCGUUCUGAAGUGCAUAAACCUGGAACACGACGGUCGGUAUCACAGGAUGAAAUGAGGCGUUCAGGAUCGAAGCUUUCUAUAACAGGUGUCGGUUCUACGACAUCAGAUAGAUUUAGAUCUACCAGAGCUGAAAGUAGGUUCUCAACUCGGAGUUCAGAAAACGUGGGUGUUGGAAGUUCCGAGAGGUUCCCUCUGCUUGAUCGCUACAAACGUGCGCGCGUGUUGAAGAGACGUACUGAUGUUGGCCGUUCAAAAGCAGCGCCAUCGGCACUAUCCACAAAGAUUGAAAAUGGACUGCGGCUUCGUUCUCGCCUUCUUAAAAAACCUCUGAAACUGAAGGCUAAGGAAAAACCAACACGUAAACACGUUGCGGCGCAGAUGGUGAAACAAGUCAAGAAAAAUAUCGCUAGAAAGAAAAGUGAGAAGAAAAAUACUAAACGGUGUUCGCCAAGUAAAUGUUCAGGGGAAGUAGGGUACAAUUGGGAAGAUGAGCGCCCAUUAAAAUAUUUCAAAGUAAAUAGCCAAAACAGGACGGCUUUGCAAGCCAUACCAGAACCGGGUCCUUCGACAAGGGUUACGCGUUCAGCCUCUGAAAGAGCGCUAGCGACAAAACCAAGCUCAUCCCGUGCACCGAGUACAUCGAGGUCGAGUCAGGAUGGCGAGUGCUUCAAACAUCCUGAUUUACCAAUAAGAUUCGCUAAAUCGAAUCAAAACACAGUGGAGUUGGAAGCUCCUGUACCUACGCCAUCGCCACCUGUACCCCCUGGGCCACCGCCACCGUCGGCCGCCCCAUCGCCCGCCCCGUCGCAUAACGUAGUCGCCACGAAGACAUGGUCCACCCCGUCGCCCAACCUGUCGCCGACAUCCCCUAACAAAAAACAACCCUCAAUAGCAAAUGUUGCCGAAUCGACCCCCAAACCUUCUGGCGCGAAGGAAAGCUUCUACAACAAGUUUGCUAUCCAGCAGUGGAUAACAACUGCCAAAACUCCACGAGUGGACGCACCAAUUACCAGUCCUACAAAGUCUACUGAGGCUACUGUAAGCAGGUCAAACACAGAUGUUACAGUACGACCAACAGACAAGGAUCCUGCGCGAUCGGCGGACAAGGUUCCUGCGCGGCUGACAAAUGAGGUACCUGAGCAACCAACACAUACGGCCCCAACGCGACCAAUCGACGACGUUCUGGUGCGACUAACGGACAAAGUUCCUGCGCAACUGACAAACAAGGUCCCUGUGCAACCAACAGAUGAGGUUCCUAAGCGACCAACAGACAAGGUUCCUGAACAACCUGAAGACAGUUCUGCGCAACAGACGGAUAUGGAAACUGCAGAGAGGGUACGACCUAAAGAUAAAAUGACUGCGGAGAAGGAAAAACUGUCUGCACAACCGACGGAAAACGGGACUGCCGAUAACGUGUCUGCUCAAACUACGGGCAUGGGGAAUGUAGAUGAUGAGUCUGCACAACCCGCGGAUGUUUCUACACGCCCAAGGCCGCGACUGACUGCGGACAAACCGACUACAAGCCGCACCGCCUCGCCCUGUCCCUCGGAGAGCAUCAUCACGAUCAAGGACGUAGUCCGAGCACCGAAAGGCAAGCUGGACAAUCGAUGCAAGUGUUGUAUGUGUUGCCACAGAGUAAACACUGUCACGCAGAUAGCGAACGUAUUCGCCAAGGACAUGUGCACCAACGAUGUGUACGAGUUCAACACCGAAAGUGACGGCGCCACCCAACCAGUGGGCUCCUACAGACAACACGGCAGCCGUGCGCAAGACGAAGAAGACAACCACAUAUACCUGGACUUGUUGCCGGCGCACAGCCCGCAUAUUAUACAGAUGACGAAAGGAAAAACGAAUAAGAUGAGUGCGCGCCUCGUCCCGCGCUCGGACGUCCAUCCUACGCAAGAUUUGAAGCUGAUAGAACAUGAAAACCUCCUCGAGCAGCUGCUACGUACGCUGAGUAAAGGAACAGAUAUCAGUAUCACCAACAAACCCAACACUAAGCAGAAAGCCAAGAUAGGCGAUGGAGCAAAAUUGGUCGAAGCGCCAAUAUACAAGCUCGAGGAAAGUGACUUCAACGAUCCAAUAAAAUUCUUUGAGAAGAUAAUGCCAAUAGCUGCUAAGUACGGUCUGUGCAAGGUGGUUGCGCCGGACAAUUUCAAGCCGACGUGCGUCUUGGCCGAUAUGUUGAAGUUUAAAGUGACGAACCAUUACAUUGCGCGCCUCUACAGUCGCUGGGGCUCCGCUGCACGGGAGAUGAGCGCGAUGAAGGCAUAUUUGGCGACUCAAAACGUCACUUUUAACCGCGUACCCUUGUUGGAGAGUUUGGAAGUGAAUCUACCGAAGUUGUACGCUGUGGUGCAACGCAAUGGCGGGUUGAAGCAGGUUUUAGAGAAGAAGAGGUGGGGCCGCGUCGCUGAAGAGAUGCGCUUCAACAAGGGCCCCAAUACGGAGAAGAUGCUGGACACCUACUACGUCAAAUAUCUCCUGCCUUACGACACCGCUUCUAACCAGGAACGACAAAAAAUCAUAAGCACGGUAGAAAAGUGCUGGAACAAGAAGUAUAGGAAGCUGCUGGAAUGGGCGAUGGACCCUCUGCAUCAUCAGAAGAAACUGCUGGGUGAGUCUGACUCAUCCGACGAGGAGAUGAGCGACGGGGACUCAGACGACGGGGCAUUACACGCGCUGUCUGAAGCCGAAGACUGCAUCGUUGCUGGCAGGCCUAUGAAUCUCAACGGGUUUAAAAAGGUGGCGAAACAUGCGAGUGACAUGUUCCUCCCGAGGACAUCAGCGACCCCGUCUGUGACGGACAUUGAGAACGAAUAUUGGAGGCUCGUUCUGUUCGGCUCGGAGCACGUGUGUGUUAACGCGGCCUCCAUCGACACGGAGAGCGGCGGCUACGGGUUCAGCAAGAGCAGGCAGGACCCCUUCGGCAGACACCCCUGGAAUCUAAAGAUGCUUAGCUCGAAUCCGGGUAACGUACUUCGCUCGCUGAGCAAGGUUAUUGGUGUGACAGUGCCCACGCUCCACCUGGGCAUGAUCUUCUCCACCAGCUGCUGGCACCGUGACCCCCACGGACUGCCCUGGGUGGAGUACAUGCACGAGGGACCCGCCAAGAUAUGGUACGGAAUACCCGACGAACAGAGCGGGAACUUCCGCCGCGCGGUAGAAGCUCUCUGCCCGACGUCCUGCCAGAAUAAGUCCAUUUGGCUGUCAUCAGACAUCACUAUGAUCCCGCCCAAUCUUCUUCGGGAACACAACGUGUCAUUAUCAAGAGCAGUCCAGAACCCUGGAGAGUACAUCAUCGUCUUUCCAAAGGCUUAUUCCUGUUCGAUAUCCACCGGGUUCACCGUCUCCGAAAGCGUAUAUUUUGCCACUCACUCUUGGCUGAAGCAAGUCCAUGAAGUGUUCAGCGAGGUGAGAGACAGCUGCGAGCCGACGACGUUCUCGCUGGAGCAGCUGCUGAUCGCGCUGUCGGAGGACCCGCGGGCUUCCCUCGCCGUGCUGCAGACCGUACAGGCCAGCCUCACCACCGUUAUCAACGAGGAGCUGCGCCACCGCGCUCGCCUCGCACAGCUCAACGUCAAGUCUCGAAUAGAGCCUCACAAGCAAGCGAAACGCGGUCGCUCCUGGAACGCGCGUGAUCACGACGAGUGCCAAAUCUGUCGAUCCUCACUCUUUCUCUCCAAGGUGGUGGGUCUACUUGGUAAGAAGACGCCAGUGUGUCUGUUGCACGCGCUGCGACUCCUCGACACGCCCAAGUACAAGGAGGCCAACGUCGCCAGCAUGGAGCUGGUCGUCUUCUACACACAGAAACGCCUCGAGGACAUAGUCGCCAACACGAAGAAACGAAUUGUCUAAUUUAUUUAAAAAAGAAAUAAUGAAUGCGAUAAUUACCCCAUUUCCAUCGAUGAUACACGCUGUACGUAAUAACAGACAAACGGUUUCAACUGAAUAAUAGAUCAUAUUUAAGAUGCUGCCAGAACAUGCGUUAGACGACGACACGGUAUUAUGUAAAUUCUGUGUCGACACGACACUGAUGAACUUUCCAGGAGGAUUAAAAUGGCCACAUAGAAGCAAUUCAUCUAAAAAGCAAUAUUGCGAAUUAACAUUUGCGCGUAUAAAAGUAAUUUGAUGCCUGUCGAUUACCCGUCCCUUUCCUUUUCGGCGGAUAAGAAAAUGACAGGUAUAGUAUAACUAUCAAUGUUGGUCUAAAAAUUUAUAGCCCUAAUUAUUUUUACUUUUCUCAAGAUAAUAAAAAGUAAAAAAAAAAAUUGUAAUCUCAGGAACAGGGAUAGCAUCUAAUUUCAUUCCGACCAUUCGACAUAAUGGGUCUUUCUUCUUUUUUAUCGACAAUAAAAGACAUUUUUUCGAUAUAUAUGCCAUCCUUAAAAUUAUAACGGCUAUAAAUAUUAUAAAACAUCAUAAAAAGAUGUCUGUAGUGUAGAGGACUAUUUAGUGUUUCUCAUUAUUUUGUGUAACAUACUUUUCUUGUAAAUAAAAUUCUAAAACAUAACUUAUCAGAACGAAGGACAGAAUCAUUGUCGAUAAAAAAGAAGAACGACCCAAAUAAGAUAUGGAAAAGCUUUAAAAGACAUUCUCUAUCCUGUUCGCCACACUAGAUUUAUAAUUUCGCGCUAAGUUUAAAAAAAUGAUCUCAUUGAAAUAAUUGUUACUAAAAAUAAAUAGUUGUAAUCAAAAAUAAAAAAUACGCUAACAUAAAAUCGAUGAAAACCAUCGGCCAAACGGUUUUGCAUUGCGUUGUGUAAGAUCAUUCAAAUAUGAUAGUAGUGAUUUUUGUUUAUAUAGCAGUCAUCCGUGUUUAGGGAAAUUCACAAAGAGAAUAUUAAAGGGAAAAAAAUGACUCGGACGGGACUUGAACCCGCAGCUGUUGCCAAGCCGGGACGAGGGUGUUAACCAUUACACCACCGAGCCCGACAUUAAGCAAGAAGAUCGAAGAAAUUCGUACGGAUAAUUACAACACACAUAAUAACAGGUUCUUACCGCGUUUAAAUGGGGAUAUGAGACUCCCGAUAUUUCGACACUGUUGCAAGUGCCGCGUAAACUUAAAACAAUGUAUUCGUAAAGUAAAAAAGAAUCUGACUCGGACGGACCCGCACGUAUCAAGACAGCCAGAACGAGCGUGUUAACCAUUACACCACUGGGUCCUCCUAUCCGCACGCAAUUCUUCAAUCUUCUUGCUUAAUGUCGAUACAUAGAUCAAAUACUUACAAUUGUAAAUUACAAAGACAAUUUGAUGUACAUUGCGGAGUGUGUGAUCACGAAUAUUUUGCAGUUUCAUAUUAGCUACGUAAUGAACCCAAAUUGUCGUUGUAAUUUGUAACAACUAAGUUUUAUGAAACAGGCCCCCGGUGGUGUAAUGGUCACGCUCGGCCCGGCUUAACAAGACCUGCGGGUUCAAGUCCAGUCUGAAUCAGAUAUUUUUUUCGUAGUGUUUAUCAAAAAUGUGAUAAUUACCAGACUGAUUAUAAAGUCAAAUUCGUUUGUUCUCACUAGUGCCGCAGAAUACAAUAGUACGACGCUAAUAUCUAUUAAUUUUAUUUUUAAACGCUUCGAAAAAUAUUUAAAUGCAGGGGAUUAAAAGGCCACAUCGAAGCAAUUCAUCUAAAAAAGCAAUAUUGCUAUUUGACAUUAAACUUAUAUUUUGUUGUGCCCGAAAGGGUCUGUGAUGUGAAACUCAUUUGUAACUUACCAACUUGUACACAAUCAUAGUAUGCAAAUAAAGAAUAUUGAAUAUCAUUACGCACCUUUAUAUGCGCAAAUGUCAAAUUGCAAUAUUGCUUUUUUAGAUGAAUUGCUUCGAUGUGGCCUCUUGACCCCCCCAGUAGAACUUGUGAGAACAAAAGGUAAAAUUAAGCAAACCCUGGGCGCACCUGUAGUAGUUUAUAUUUUCUAAAAUUAUUUGGAAGUAAGUCUGGUUAAAACCAAAGAGGGCGAUCGAUGCCUUUUGUAUUAUGUCUUAAGUUUACCUAGAAUAACAACUAAAGCGGCCCGGUUGCAGAGAUCUUUAGGCCAUGUCUUCAUAAUAACCUGUUUUAUGAUGGCAAUCACUAACUAUAGCCAUUUUUUUGCUCUUAGGGUGGUAUUAAUAAACGAAUCUUAGCUGAGACUGCCCUCAAGAUCAUUUUCAAGUCUCUGUUUUUAUAUGAGAACUGUUACAUUGACAUGAUUGAGAUUAGUUUAUUAAUACCACCCUUACUAUACGACAAACCUACUAGUCAGGUUAACAACUGUGUAGGUGAUAAUAUUUGGAGGAAUAAAGUUCAUUCGUUCGGGAUUCUUCCCCGACAAUUACUUUAAUAUUGGCUAUAAAUAGCACUCAGUAUUUUAACGCAAAAUUAACUCACAAUAAUGUAUAAGACCGCAAAUUUUAUCGUAAGAAUUAUUAGAAAAAUAUUAGUGUUGGUGUUCCAAAAUCAAAAAUUGUUGAAGUAUUCAAAUAAAAGUCUAUUCCUCUAAAUAUAUUAUUUAUUAUCACCGACACAUAUUUUGAUUUUGGAACACCAACAUUAAUAUUUUUCUGAUAAUUCUUACGAACAUAAACUAUUGAAGGGUUUCGAUUUUUUGAUGAUAGAUUGAUGAGAAGUGUAAUAGAUCGCAAUUAAUAUUUCGUAUUUCAGAAAUUAACUAGAAACGGUGCUGCUGUAUUUUAAGACUAAGUACUUUUAUUAAGGAAAAUGACUGAUUUUAAGUGUUGUCAUACUCGUGGUGUGGUAUUUCGGACAGGAUCAUCCUAAGAUUCUUCUUUCAAGACUGAACAAAUUAAGAAAUAUUGUUGACAGUACAACACAUUUAUUUUCAUCUAAAAAUACGAAUAAAACUUAUCACUGCCACAGGGUUGAGAUCUAGAUGUAUACGAAUUGUGUCCACAUUAAAUUCAGAAAUAUACAGUGCGCUGUAUUAGGAGUAAUUACAAUUUCUUUUUCGUGAAUAGGGAAAUGUUCAUAUAUCUCUCUAGUACACCCACCGUACAGUCCUUUAAAUCGUUUACUUCACUUCUCUGCAACGAAGUACGCCAUGAUAAUUUAUAUGAGCCAAUAGAUUUACGGCUCCUAUAUUUUACACAUUUUGGUGAAACGUUGCCCCCGCUGCCUUAGUUUUAAUCUGUCCCCGUGUGGCGCCGGGGUAAGAAUAGCGCCACUCCGUUCUUCCUACGGAUGUCGUAAGAGGCGACUAAAGGGGAAGACCAGGCGAUCGGGCAGCAGCGUCCGCCUGCGUAGUGGCUGCUUCCUCUCAUACGGAUGUAGUUCGCAUAGCGGGGAGACCCUGCGGCGCGGCGUUACAUUCGCAUUACAGGGACCGGCCAAGUGGUUAACACUCAUUUGACAGCUUAGUAUCUACCUCUCAAAACGGAACAUUCGAAUCGACUGCGAUACAUACAGUAUACUUUGCAGAUAUGUAAGGUUUAUUGUAUGGCGCUUCGUGUGUUUCAUUUUCCGGAGACGGUACGAGGCGCUAGAUUGGUCCACACAGUGCCCGGAAAGUUGUAUUUCUUCUCUGACUUUCUAGGCUCUGAGUGCAACAAGCGUGAGUGAUGAAUCAACUGCGACGGCCAACGGGCUCUCCUUAGUUGGCGUUUUUAGUUUUACAUUUAGGUUUUCACAUUAUUUCAAUGUUUGACUUUUCGUUACACCCUGUUCUUUCGAGAAUCUGUUGAAUGUGUUAUGGCGAGACUCCACCAAAACGGAGAUGUAUUUUGAUAACCAAUAUAAUUACGAUGUUAGUAAUAACGAAAUUAUAUUGAUUAAAAAAACAUAUCUCUCUGGCCGCUUUGGUGGAGUCCAGGCCUUAGAAGCGGAGCAGUAGGUUGAAGGGCCCUAGCAAAUGGGGCAAACGGUUUCUCGAAAAAGCAGUCUUAUUCGGUUCUUAUCUAUUAUGUGAUCCAACAUUGAGUUAUUUUAUUACUGUUCCUUUUCUUAUAAGUUUUUGCAUUUUGGAUACGUUUUCCGUUUCUGUGUUGUCACACGCCCAUAGGGAGAGUGGGUGUUUUUAAUUUGAAACCAAUCUUAUGUACUUUAAACACGUAACCUUGGUUUCAAAUUCAUACCUGAUCACUGAUGUGCUCUGCCUUGUUUGUUGCACACUCUGUAUGUAGCUCUAGGUAGGUAGAUACCGAAAAUUCAACGAUAUUCCCAACUAUUUUUGAAGUCUUGAGCUAGUUAGAAUUUUAUUUCUAUUAUUUGAAUAUUACGUUAAAAAAAAUUUGAAUUAUGUUACAGAGUUAUAUUUUACUUUUUUAUAGUUGAACUUUAUUUUUUUUUUGUAGUCAUUACGCAUAAACCAGAUAUUUGUUUUUCUUAUUUAUUUAUUUUUGUUUUGACACGGAGACUAGCAAUAGUUGCUUGCUGAUGUUGUUAGUUUCUUAGCUCGCCGUUCUUUCGAUAAGCCUACUUUUAGUAGGAGACAUAAAAGUUGUCGAAGGAACCGUGUGUGGUCAUUUUAUGUACAUUAAUUUGCACUGUAUAUUGUAAUCAUUUCCUUUCGUUAGCAUGUAUCAGUCAGUAUCUAUCUCAUCUGGAUUUAAUGUGGAUAAGUGUAGGUAUAAUAGUAGAUUAAGUUAAUAGACGUCGUAUGCUCGAUUUCGAUGUCAUAAAUUAAAUCAAUACAAUAUAAUUCAUAUUGUAAAAGCUUACGAGCACUUAAGUGUUUUUUGUUUUAUGUUUACAUCAUUUGGCAAUGUUUAUACGAUUGAUUUUGUAAAUAAUUG